AUGAAUACUAUAAAAAAUAAUGAUAGUUCCUUCUAUAGUGUUGUCUAUCAAGAUACGUAUGAUCCUUAACCAUUAUCUUCUGAGAUACCAUCAUCUGAAAAUGAAGUCCCAUUUAAACAACUAAGGUUAGCAUUGUUGUUAUCAAUUAGUGGUGAUGAGGCGAUAGAGAAAAGCUUCAUGGAAUCUAAUUGUUAAUCUUCUAUCUGGGCGAAAAGAGGAUCCAAAGCAUCAUUUUUAUUGACGAGUAUCACUAUUAUGAAGAGCAUGGUUGGAGUUGGAAUUUUAGGAAUUGUACCCAAAUGUGAUGAAAAAUUUUGGUGUAAUAUUGACAAUAGUUAUAAUGAUUGCUGUUUAUUCCUUAGGCAUGACGACAUCAAGAGUUCUACUUAAAUGCAAGAAUUUAAGCAAGAAAAGUAAUUAUUCAACAAUUGGAUAUUUUAUAUUUCGUCAUAGUUGGAUUAUUUACACAGUUAAUACUGUAAUUACAUUAUCCAAUAUAACAACAUGUCUUAGCGAAUUGAUGUAAGAACCAAUAUCCAAUAUCAUAGUAUUUUCGGAGAUGCCUCCCAAUUGUUGAUUAAGUUUUAUAAGGGGUAGGAUUACGAGGUUCCAUUUUAUUUAUCAAGAACAUUUCUACUAUGUAUUCUUGGAGUAGUUCUUUCACCUCUUUUGAUUGUAAAAUCUAUAGAAAAAUUAAGAUUUGUCAGUUUAACAGCCAUUCUUUCUAUAAGCACUUUCACUGUAUUAGCAUUUUACAACUUCUUUGGAAAGGAUAAAAUACCUGAUGGUUUUUCGUUGUUGCUUCCAUCAACUUUCAAUUUCAAAAAUGCCAUGUCUGCACUCCCUACUUUGCUAUUGGCCUACAAUUGGCAAUUUAAUCUAUUUCCCAUUUUUAAAGGAAUGGAAAAUCCUACAGAUACCAAGAUGAAGUAUGCAAUGUUCACCGGAUAUUCAAUGGCUUCCUUUUUAUAUUUAUGUGUGGGGAUAUUAGGUUAUGCUACAUAUGGAAAUGAUAUCUAAACUAAUUAUUUAAAGAGCAUUAAAUCUGAGGAGGUCGGAUCAAUAUUGUAUGUAAUUUUGAAUAUCACCUUUGUUGUGUCGACCACAUUGACUUUGCCUGUAUUAUUCUUUGGCGGUAGGAACAAUUUCAUUUAAAUCUACAAACAGUUGACUUCAGAGAAAAAAACGGUUUAAGAAGUUAAGAAUUAUAAAGAGUUUUUGGAUGAGACCAAUUCUAAAAGGCAGGAGAGACUAAUAGAAAUUAAGUUGAAAAAGAGAUCACAAAAGCUUAGGUUUUAUUUGUUAACUUUGACCCUUUUCAUAUUGUUGAUGUGUGGGGCUAUAUUUCUAGAUAACCUUGCUUUGGUGUUUAAUAUCAAAGGAGCUGUGUUUUGUAAUACGAUUUAGUUUGUCUUGCCAACUAUCUUCUAUAUAAAAUUGGUAGAAAAGGUUAAGAGAUACCGAUUCAAAAACAAAUAGAAAUAAUAUUUUUAUUAUGGUAUAAAAGUCUUAUUCUGCAUGAGUUGGGUAUUUUUGGUUACUUGCGUUGUGUGUGGAACCAUGGCAGCAGGUCAUUGA